AUGAUCCAAGAAUUCAAAGAAGAAAUGAUGAAGACAUUUGAGAUGACAGACUUGGGCUCGAUGCAUUACUUCCUUGGCAUCGAGAUCGACCAAAAUGAAGGAGUGUUUAUCUCGCAGAAGAAAUAUACUGAGAACCUCUUGAAGAAAUUCAAGAUGAACUAUCGCAAAGCAGUUUCAACUCUGCUCAUGACAAAUGAGAAACUAUUAAAAGAAGAUGGAGCAGAUAAAGUUGAUGCCUCCCUCUAUAGAAGUCUGAUUGGCAGUCUGCUAUAUCUCACUGCUACACGAUCGGAUAUUAUGUAUGCGACAAAUCUACUAUCAUGA